AUGGAGGCCACCACCGCCACCGCGUUCAUCGAGGUCACUGGUUCGGUCCGCGGCCUGAACAAGCUCAGCAUCUUCUUCAAGGAGUUCGACAGCUGGGCACCUUGCCUGGCAGAGGCUGGCACCAACCCAUCGUGGCAGAACGGCGUCGAGGUGGUAAUGAUCAAGGAGGCGAUCAAGCGGGAUUAUUCGUUCUACCGUGGCUCUGAUGUCCACAUCUACUCAUUGGGCUCGGACGACCCGUCAGAUGUGCUGUUCGAGAUGUGGGACGAGUACGUGCUCGCGAACUUCACCAAGACGAAGCUGAUCGCCACGCUGCAGGGGCCCGACGUCAUGUUGUCACCGCCGCCAGUCAGUGAGGGUGGCGGCGAGUCGCCAGGGCCGGUGAAGAUCCAGGAGACGGGGGAGUGGCCGCCAGUCGCGGUUCCAAACCCUCGGCUGCUCGACCCGAAACACGACGGCCAUGGGGCGAGGGUGUUGGCCUUGAAGAAGUGCAUCGUGUCGCAAUUGGCUUUGCCGAGCGGGCGCGACCGUUGCAACCAGGUGAGGAUCUACCGCAACUCGAAGGGGCACUGCAAGGGCCAGGCGCUGAAGAGCAACGACAUGGCGUGGCGCAAUCUCUGGUAUGUCGCGCUCCUGUUGCCGACCACGGAACCCAACCACGGGCGCGACGAGCGGGGCGACCUGAUCGAGGGCUUCAACCACGUGGGCUCCGAUAUCGGCGGCUACGAGAUG